AUUACCAUUCCGCCGCGAACUGCCGGCCGAGCCGCACGUACGUCGCGACAAUGAUCGAUUACGCGCGCCCCCUCUACGACCAAAACAUGCCUUGCGAUCUCUACUACCCGUCGUCGUCGCCCGCGUCCGCGCGCCUCGAUGACUUCCAAGUUUUCAAGAAGGGAACCGCUUCUCAUAUCUAUGGAAACUACUACUCCAACACUUCCUACGAUGGGUACGUAGAACCCGAGAUCGACAGCGCCAUGAAUGUGUACCACAACCUGGUCAGCUGUUGCCCGCGGGACAACCGGGACGACUGGAAGUACAAGGUGGUGGACGCCUGGAACGAGGAUGACACCGUGUCCUGGAUGAUAGACACUGCACAAUGCAUGGGAUUUUGUGAAAAUGAAAUACCGUUCUACAACUUCAGAGUGAAAGGCUUCGAGUUGAGGAGCAUGAAGAGAGAUGACGUGCUCAACAGGAUGUUGCACCCCAGCAUCGACCAGGUCACCUCGAGACGGAUUGCAGAUGCUAUCUUUGAAAAGUUACACAAUCGCCUCAACGAGGAACUCCGUCAGUCCUCAAUUAUCAGAUACGCAGAAUGCGAUCCCUACCACAGCCAGGAGUCGGCCAACACAAUGCUCGACUUGGACUCUCUGGAUCAUAAAAACAGACUGUACACCUCCGACUACACUCCCAACGACAGCACCCUGCUGCACCAGACGGACUCGAGCGAUGACGCCGAGGAUGUGUUCCGCUCCUCAGAGACCGCCUCCCCGGAGUGCUCGUAUGGAAGUGAUGGAAGCAAGUCUGGAGACGAGGAUGACAAAAGGAAAAUCUUCAAAAGACCGCCAGGCAGGCCGAAGGGCAGCGGCCGCAAGACAUUCAAGCGCCCGAGGAGCGUCUCCGUGCCCGAGUUCUUGAGGAAUUUACUGUUGGACUCCAAAUACUGCCCAUCCAUCAUCAAGUGGGAGGAUCACUCGCAGGGGAAGUUUAGGUUCGUGAAGCCAGAUGAGGUGGCGAAACUGUGGGGCCACAUGAAGCAGAACGAGAACAUGACCUUCGAGAAGUUCAGCCGCGCCAUGAGGUACCACUACCGGCAGAUGGUGCUGGUGUCCGUGCCCACCGCGCGCCUCGUCUACCAGUUCGGUCACAAGGGACCUGACUUCAAGACCGACAACCCCAACUUCGUCAAAGUCAAAUCAGAAAACCUCAGCGAUUUGUCAUAUUCUUAGUUUAACUUAAGUAAAACCUAGGCUUAAUUUGUUGAAAGUCGAUGCUCAGAGUAAGAUAAACAGUGAUAUGUCGAUGGUUACGUAUAGUAGAAUCUUGUCCUUGGAAGUUGUCGUUUAAGGAGGAUUUCGAAAAUACAGUAAAUAGUAUGUAAGUCUAAGAAAAGUCGUUGAUAUUUGAUCAGAAUUUGAAGAUCAGUAGAUAAUUGUGAAAAAUGUUUGUUAAUAUUUUGAGAAGAUAAGUCUACCCAAAAAAUGUCAAUUGAUUUUUCCAAAAAAUCGUCGAUUCAUCCAAGGGCAGUAUUGAAUGAAAUGAAUAGUUAUAAUCAGAUAAUUGAAGAGAAAUGGGAUCACCUCCAACGUUAACCUGAUGCUCAAAUGAUGGUCCUGUUGGAAUGGUGUCAUGGCUGUCGGUUUCAUGCUCAUCUUUAUUUAUGAUUUUUUAUUGGGUCAGCUCUUUCAAAACGAAUUCUUGAUGUUUCUAGAACUAUGAUAAUCAUGAGAUUUGCUCCCUUUAGUAAAUAAUAUUUGAAUACUAGACAUUUUGAGAAAUUGUUACUUAAAAAAAUAAAUAUUAAAUUAACGAAUGUUAUGCUUCCUCUCUGUUGUAAAUUAAUAUAAAAAAAUCUUAUCGUGUCAAAUUGGAGGUGGUCUCAAAGUUAAGUGUUUUUGAAAAGUUAUAUGAAUGUAAUUAGCUAAGAUAGGCUCAAUGUUCGAAUGGGAAUAGUUUCAAUGGUUGUACUCGUGGAUGUUGGAUCAAUUAUAGUUGGAUAUUGGUUGGAUACCGAUUGGUUGGAUUGUCCCGUCAAUUAACUCGUACCGACACCUUGGUACGUCCAUAUUAUUUUUUUAAGUAAUUUUAUUAGUAUUUUAUUCUCGAUGUACGUUUGUACUGUCGAACAAAAAUUUUGAUGGUUGUUUACGUAGUAACAUUACGAAUUUUUGAUAAAGUAUUUUUAAUUGUUGUUACCGUAUGAUACGUGUGUGUAAUACUUAGUGUGUUAUGAUAAUGCGAACAUUCCAAUUAAUUUAUAUAACUAGUGUUAAGUUGUUUAGUGUCCAGUUACUUUAAUUAAUAUUAAGCAUGUUUCGAGUUGCCAUAUGUAUUGUAUACGUAAAACGAUAAUGUACUUAAUUUCAUAGUUUCUUUAAAUGUAUGUCAUUUCGCGAACUCUAACGUUUUAUGAUAGUAUUUCAUCUCUAAUUGUAAUUAAAAUAAAUUUUAUACUGUUAUUUAAAAUUCCUGUCUCUGUGUUAGUAAAAAUUAAAAAAAAACUUAAUCGUAAAAAAAUGUGCGUUCGUGCAAAGAAAAAUAAAAUGACAAAAAGAUCUGCAGGCCAAAGAUUAGUUUUGAUGGAAAAGAGUUUUGUUUUAUUAUAAGAAUUUAAAGUAAAUUACAUAUUUUUGACAAUUUAAUUUUAAUAUUUAGUAGUAUUUAAGUUUGCGACUCUCAGGCACACGCUGUGAUGUAAGAUAAAAUUAAUCAUUUGUUUCUGUAAAUAGUUCCUUUCAGCAAUCAUCACUAACACUCCAGUCUCACGUUGUUAUGUAGAUAGCCACAUAUUUUUAUUAUCUAUACAAAAAAUAUGAUAUACGUAAUAUAUACAUUUUCCUUCUUCCUCAAAAACUAAUAUAUUUAUUAAAGUACAGAUUACAGAUAAAUAUUGAUAAGAUUGAUUUGAUGAUACUUUACUUGUGUAUUAUAAUAUGAAGCGCCAGUACAAAGCCGUGUCUUAGUAGAACAACGAUUUUAACUCUCUUACAAUAAUAUUACAUAGUUUGUUCUUUUUGAAUUUAUUAAGAUCUAAGUUAUGGCUAGUCUAUGGAAGUAAAGUUUGAUAUUCUAUGUGACUUCACUUUGGGAAGUAUUUUGCAUACACUUUUUUUAUUACUUUACAUUAUUUUGACGCAUUUCUUUUCAUUAAUUGUGUGUAGAAAUAAUUUUAUUGGCUGAUAUAGAUUUCACGGGCCAUUUAUGAAAUUAAUAAGAUUGUUGGUACAAAGAUCACGAAUUUUUAAAUACUUGUCAAUUGGCUAUUGAAUCUAUAUCGGCCUUUAUUAUUUGGGUUUCUCAAAGUUGGGUCACGUUGAUAGUUUUUGAGCUAUAAAGGUGCAUAAUUCCAGUUUUUAAGUAUUUAUAGGUGUUAAUCAUUUUGUUUCGUAUUAUGUUCAUAAUUAUAUUUUAAGAUAUUUUUUCUUUAAUUUUUAAAUUGCUCUAGACGUAUAAUUAUCGUGCAAUUGAUAAAAGACAGAUUUUAUGUAUUAUUUCGUAAUAAUUAUAUGAAAAUAAGAAGAGAAAUAUACGAUUUAUGAAUGUGAAUUA